GAGUCUUUAAGCCCGGGCUCGCGCGGCUGAAGUGUGCUUUCGCCGCCUGGGAGCUUCUCGGCCCAGUAACCCGCACUUUCCCUGCCUGGUUCCCUGCGUCCCCGCCCCUCCGUGUCUAGGGACCCGGCAGGCUCUGCAGCCGUGCGCCCUGGCGUUCGGGCAUGCCCCGCUACGAGCUGGCUUUGAUUCUGAAAGCCAUGCAGCGGCCAGCCACUGCUGCUGCUCUGAAACGUACAAUAGAAGCUCUGAUGGACCGAGGAGCCAUAGUGAGGAACUUGGAAAACCUGGGUGAACGUGCACUUCCUUAUAAGAUCUCGGCCCACAGCGAGCAGCACUGGAGAGGCGGGUAUUUCUUGGUGGAUUUUUAUGCCCCAACAACAACUGUGGACAGCAUAAUGGAGCACUUGUCUCGAGACAUUGAUGUGAUUAGACCAAAUAUUGUAAAACACCCUCUGACCCAGGAAGUAAAAGAAUGUGAAGGCAUUGUCCCGGUCCCACUUGAAGAGAAAUUAUACUCCACAAAGAAGAGGAAGAAAUGAGAUAAUUCACCUGAUGUUAACCUCAUGUAAUUCUCUCACACUUGAGCAGAGUGGAUGAGUAGUUGACAAACGCCUUUAUCUAAGUGUGUUGUGGAUGCCUCUUGCUUUUUCUAGGGAGUUUUAACUCUUGGUCUUCUGUGCUAUAAGGUGGGCGAACUGCUCACUGAGAACUGCUCUUUAAUCAGUGGUACCAGCAGAUCAUCCUUGAUUUCAUUUUAUUAGUGUAAUUUCUUUGUCAAUGAGGAGUCCUUUUAUAAAUCAUUUGGAAGAACAAAACAUAAAACUUCCUUAGAUUGCAAGCUAGUCAUUCAGACAGUAUAACCAUGCAAAAUAAAAAUUGAAGCCCCCUGUGUUAAAUGAAAAGCAGAGAUCAGAAUAAUAAACACGAUUUUCCGAACCCUGGCUGGCAUGUUACUGUU